ACACGGUACUCUCGUCCGGGCCUUUCGCCGGCCACCCCACGCGGCGCUCUCGCCCUCGCAACCCCUCCUUCGUCCUUGCCGAGCCGUCGUCCACGUCCACGUCCGCACGACAUUCCGCAGGUGGAUCUCCACGUUUCCCUCUCAUCCAUUCCGCGCGUCCCGACGCCGUUUCACACGGAUCUUAGUCUCAACUCGAGAGCUUUGGAGAUUAAUCGCGGAGCUUCUCGGGGGCACACCAUCCCCCGUGGCGAACUCGCGGUCCCGCAUACGGCUUAUAGUCUUGCCGGUGCGACAAGGUGCGAUAAAGGGGGCGCGACGAAGCCGUUAAAGCUCGCCGCUUUCGCGACGCUGAUCAUCCCUUCUCGACAUCGCAGCAAUUAUCUUCUUUGCUAUUUUUCCGCUCUCGCCAGCCCGAAAAUGAUGAGCUCGACGCUGAUGAUCCUCAUGUCCGUGACGACUAUGGCAAUUUUGUCCGGUGAUGCUCUCGCCGCAUUGCCUGCUCAGUGCAAUACGGGAUUUCUCGAGGAGCUUCCGCCUAGACUGCGUAAAAUCUGCGUCGCCAUCGCCAGAAUAUGGGAUGCCAGGGAGAUGAACGAUUUCGUCGACGAUAGAGAAUACCGGGAGAACUUGCCACGGUACGACAGCGGUGUCAAGAGGCAAGACGUCGAUCAUGUUUUCUUGCGCUUCGGGAAACGACGUUAGAACCAGGCAUCACACCCCGCUCUGUAUUCGCAAGCGAUAAACGACUCGAGUUACCCUUAAGUUCCCAUUCCAUCGUCCCGCCAUCGACUCGUAGAUCAGAUGUGUAUAAAAAGAACAAAAAAAAGAGGGGGGAAAAAAUACAAAA